AUGAGGAAUACGGUGUCCGAUCGUUUCCGUAAAGUGGAUGUGGAUGAGUACGACGAGAACAAGUUUGUGGACGAGGAAGAGGGAGGAGAAAACCAGCUGGGUCCAGAUGAGGCAGAGGUGGAUUCUCUCAUCAGACAAGGGAACCUUAUGGGUGCAUUGCAGGCAGUGUUAAAAAACCCACCAAUCAGCACGAAGAAUCAGAACGUCAAGGUGAGUCAUGCCACUUUUUUUCCUAAGAGGAAGGAAAAAUUAUUUUACUCUGAUAUCAUAGCAAAUCAUAACAUUUUGGUGUCUUCAGCAUGA